AAGGACUUCAUGACAUUAUCUGACCAAUAGCUGAAAGGUCUGUCUUGCCCAAUGUAGACAUGUUGUGGGUGGACUUGCACAGUGUGUGUUAGUUGGACUGAAGCCUCAAAUCCCCAAGGGAAAUUAUUUUCUCUAUUCAGACAUUUGGAAACCUGGAAAAUAGUCACAAAACAGUGAAGGAUGUUGAAAUAUUUUGGUUCCACGUUGUGGCUGUUCUUUCAUCUUUUUCAACAUGGGGCCACUUCUGCACCGAACACAAACUGUCCUCCUAAAUGCCAGUGUUUCUCAUCGACAAAGGUGAUGUGUUCUCAGGAGAGCUUGAGAUCCAUGCCCACAAACACGUCUACCCAAGUGAAGGAGUUGAUUGUGAUGACAACAGGUCUCAUGCACCUGAGCUCGACCAUGCAUUAUGGCCCUCAUCUCACCAAACUGGUCUUUGUCAACAACCUGCUGUCCCACGUAUCCACCACGGCGUUUGACCAUCUGACUGGCUUGGAGGAGCUGGAGAUCAGCGGCAACCAUUGGCUGGAGCACUUGAACCCUGGAACCUUUGGCAAUCAGAGGAAUCUCACUCGACUUAUGCUGAAUUUCAAUAAGUUCAAGUCACUCAGCAACGGCCUCUUUAGUUCCCUCCAGAAGCUGAUGACUCUUCAGUUGAAGGGUAACCUCAUCUCCCACCUGCCCGGGCAGAUUUUUCAGAACCUCCAGAGUCUUCGCGUUCUUGACCUGUCCCUGAACAGGCUCUCUAAGGUGGAAGGGGAGCUUCUCAGUGGCUUGUCCCAGCUAGAGUCCCUCAGACUGGGCUACAACCGGAUUGACGUUCUCUUGCCCGACACAUUCCACAACAUCUCCAAGGUGAAAAAUCUUUACUUGCAGGGAAAUCGAAUAUCUCACCUCCCUCGAGGGGUCUUCUCACACCUAGAAGAACUAGAGGAGCUGAAUCUUCGCGGCAACUUGAUCGCAAAUGUGAGCUCUGGAACCUUUCCCUCUAGCUUGCAGCAGCUGGAUCUCAAAGACAACCGAAUGGCAUGGAUCUCGUCUGAUUUAUUCUGUGGUCUUACCAGUCUUAGUCACCUGUUCCUGUCCAAGAACCAGCUCACUGACCUUCCAGAGGCAGUUUUUCGAAAUCUAACGGCUUUGCAACACCUGGACCUCUCUAAGAACCAGCUAAUAUUGCUGCCUGGAACAAUCUUCCAAGGUCUCAGAGAACUCGAAUUCGUCCACCUGCAGAACAACAACCUGAGCUCUCUGGAGGCCAUGCUGUUUGAGGACCAGGUGUUUUUGGAGCAGCUUUACCUCUCAGAUAACAGCCUCCAGAUGCUUCCACCGGGCUUCUUCGACACGUCGGCCCACGAAAACGUGAUGAGGUUGAGACGGAACCCCUGGCACUGCGACUGCCACAUGAUUUAUCUGUACGACUACAUGGUUGAACACAGCCACUUAGUGGAGGACCUCAGUAACGUUUAUUGUAAGGGUCCCAUAUCUUUACGAGGACAGAGUCUGGUAUCCAUAGAGAGGGACCAGCUGGUGUGUCCAAGUAAUAUCUCUUCGAGAGCCAGCGCUGUCCCGUUCAAUUGCUCUGUGGAGGAGAGGCCACACCCUGGCAAAUGUACUGUCCAGGUCAUUGACGACAACAUGACUAUUAAGUGCAAAGUGACUAAGGGUAGGCCUUUGAGCCUCAAAGUGCAAUUCCAAGAAGGGGAUAGUAACCCCUCUGAGUAUAUCUUGAAAAAAGACUCACCACAGUCAGAAUCGUCACAAUGUCAUACUUGGACUAUUAAUCCCACUGUGUAAAGUCUUUUUUACAAUUUCUUUUUUUUUACCCCAUUUUCUCCCGUACUUUAUGUUGUUAUUUCUUACUGUAUGGCCAUGUUUCAAUGCAAAAACUCAGAGUGGCAUUUAUGAAGAAAUAUACAUGAUGUACAUUUUUGUAUGUGCCAACAUACUGAAUAUGAGAAAAAAGUUAAUCUCCCCUGAAUCUUAUAUACAUUUUAGGUAUAGUUUUUCUCAUUUAUCGGUUGUAAGUAAUUUAUAAUAUGAUUUGAUGCUGACAUAAGCAUUAUUGGGUUUAACUUAAAUAAAUAUUUCCUGCAGUCAUUGUCAAUAUUGAAGGCCUAUAAUGAAAUGCUGACAACCAGUAACUGACAGUGUUUCCCACUUAAAUCGGAGUGAUAAGCAGGGUGAAUGAACUGUUUUGUAAGGUUCAAAGUUCACCUGAAGAGGUUUAGACCAUGUUGUGAACCCAGUAGUAUCCACAUCAUCGUUAAAUCCUUUUUUACUUCCUGCCUGUAAAAUGUGUCCUUCCUCCAGGACUCCAGGAUUGAUCUUGUCAGUUUACACUUGAAACAUAUGGUCACACUCAAAUCAAAAAUCUUUCUUCUACAACUGUCUACAAAAUCUUCACACACUUAAAAUGAGGACCAAAUCGGGGGGGGGAAAAAAGAAUGCAUGAACUGGGUUGAAGUGGGGCUUGUCUAACAAAUACACUACUGUAACGUAGAUUUCUACCAGCAGAUGACUCCAUUUCUCAUCAUCUUCCCAUAAAAUUAUACAUUUCUCUCAUUUCUACCAUCUGAAUCACCCUUUUCGGUAUCACUCCCAUAGAUUAUCAAAGUAUUCGCAAACCAUCUUAGAUAUUUACAUUAUUUAGCAUACACCCAAUUGCCCUCGCCCACUAAUACGUAUUUAUGCCACCCAUAGAUAUAGACUGUAACUAUGCAGGCAUACAUAGCAAAUUAACUUUCAGCCACCCCAGUAAUGAACUUGUUGGUUGUUAUGUCGAUCAGUCUGAACACAAACUGUACAGCAUUGCCGAUGGAGGGGAAAGACAAGUUUUCCUAAUGAACGAGUAAGUUAAGAUAUGCAUUUAAAAACCAACACCAGUGAUCAAUUUGGAACAACAGUUUCACAGCUAAUUUACCAUCUAGAAUUAAGGACAACAAAAUGUUCAACGAACACUUUCAAUGUAACAACAAAAAUACAUCAAUUAAGAGAGAUCCUCCUGGAGAUAUGAAUCUUUUUCGAAACAGAGACGACCCAAUCCUAUAAAUGUAUUUUCAACAAGCACAAACAUCAGUGGAAGUGCUUACAAAGACGCCACCAUAGAGAUUUGACAUCUAUCUCCGGGAUCCACUCAGUCUUUUAUCUGGAGCUUUAAACAUGGAUCGAGACAAACAAGCCGUCCGGGGAGACUUGUCACACACCACCGCCCCUGGACAUAGGAGAGGAUGACAGGACGGCCGAAGAAAAGAGUCGAGGAAGAAGAGGGGAGGGCACACAGAUGGCAACACCUUGAAUAAAACACUCUAACCCAGCAGUUUAUAGGGGUCAGGGGUCGUGGGGUCGAUUGGGUCCUUCGUCUGAGAUGAAUGACAUCACAAUUCAGCUGACAAGUAUUGGCCUCCAUAGCUGGCAGGGACGGCA